AUGGCCGUUGCCGCCAUUAUUUCUCUUUCUGUCUUUUCCUCUAUCGUUUGCUAUCUUCUUAAAUAUCUUUAUGAGGCAAGGGUAUUUGCGAACAGUCCGGCUGAAGGAUACCUCCAGCGAGGAGAUAUUAUACUUAAUGUAAACAACUGUGACGCUGCAGAACUUUCUCACAAAAAGGCCCAGGAUUUAUUUAAUAGUGCUGGAGGUCAGAUACUACUUUCAAUAAAAAGGGGUCAGUAUUUAAAAAAGGAACCGCCCAAACCAAAGGACACAAAGCCUAAACCCUCUGUCAGUGCCUCACCAGGCCAGAAGAUGGCUCCCACCCUCAAAUCCAACCGUAAAGUUGGGUCAAAAAGUUCGUCCUCGGCAAAAUCCAAGGACAUUGCUUAUGGCGGAGGUGGACUUGAUUUCGGACUCGAUUACAGCAAAGUGAAAGUAGACGCCAACUAUGUGCCUGGCCCAAUUUUCAAUGAAGAGGAGGCCGAGCAAGAAGACAUGGAUCAGGCUUACCGCACGGUUCCCUUGGAAUUAACUGGCCCAGGAGGAGUAUCCGGUCCUAAAUUGGGAGGCAGUAGUAUCGAUUUGGGUGUCAACUACAAUAAGCUGGCAGGUCGUCCUGUAGAAACAAUCAUGCAGCGACAAUCCAGUAAACCAUGGGAAGAUCAGGAAAUGCUUUACAAGGUACACGACACCUUGUCGCAUAUUUCAUACCCUUAUGCCCCACCAGGAGCCUCAACAACACCAGCUGCCCCGGGCGGAGCAUCUAAAAUUAGUUGCAUGAAUAUGUAUUCAUCCGCUCCCCAAUCUGCUGUGGCUCCACCGCCAUACAUACCUGGACCUCCCACCGAGCCUGAGACGAACUACGUCGAUCCUUUUCCAUCUUACAAGCCAGCGCCAGUGGCAGCCGAAGACGAAGAAGAUUACGAGUUCGUGCCGGUCAGGCAGAGAAGAAACCAAUUCAAUAAAAAUGACUUUAUUCCACAGGAAAGAAAGCCUAUUAAACCACAAAGGCCACCACCAGUAUUCGCUCCUGCUCCCCCUGCACCAGCUCCGAAGCCGAGAUCAACACCUGUAACUCCCACACCUGCUCCGACAUCUUAUUCUGCGCCAGUACCAUUUAUGCCAGCCGAUGGUGAAGUAGUUAAACCGGAUGUUCCUGCCUGGGCAGGAACUCUGACCAACGUUGGUGGGCCCAAACUAUGGGACACUGGUAUGAAACCAAGUUCUAAAAGUAAGUCCGCCAGAUCAGUGUCCCCAACGAAGAAAGCAGCAGCAACCGGAGAUUUUAAGCCGACCCAAACCCAAGUGCUGGAUUUCACCGGCGAAACUGAUGACGGCACUCGUAUUAUGCAUUUGCAGUACAACUCACCACUGGAUAUGUACUCGAAGGAGAAUGUGGCAGAAACACUUCAAGGCCAAACCCAGGCUGCUUUGGGGGGAGGAAACACGGUCAAGUGGUUGAGCCAUAUACAACAGAUCGUCACUGAAGACUCGCAACCAGCCACGAGUUUUCCUCCAGUUGAAGGCACGCAUUUUCGAAGAAAUGCAAGCGUUAAUCAACAGCUUCAGCAAGUACCUGUAGCGAAACCAUCAGCUGCUCAGUCGGAACCUCAGUAUCGGCCUGUAUCAUCGAAAGCCACCGGGGCAACAACCAGUAAACUCCCUUUUACUCCUGUUUCGUUUAGGCCUAAAGAAAUCCCCAUACCGAAACCGUUACAAGUUCCACCACCACCAGUAGAUAUACCAAUCCUAUCUCAACAACCCACCAAACCUAUCCCUGUCCAGCUACCAACAUCUUUUCCUACCCAAUUUAAAAUUCAAUCUGAACAGAAACCUCUGCCUUCAGGUUUUGUACCGAAAGAAUGGGCUCCUGUAAAAUCUCCUAAAUUUAAUUUCUUGAAGAAGUCAGCAACCUCGCCUACUAUACCGAAUCCACCAAAUCAUGGACCUGUCUCAAAACCAGAACCUGAGCCAGUUUAUCGUUCUUGGGGUGCGGUGACAGCUGUGCCUCCACCCACCUUAAAGUUAGCGAAAGAAUCUGAAACAGAACCAAAACAGGCUAAAACACCUGAUGCAGACCGUGAUCGAGUUUAUCAAGAACUUACCGCAGCAUUACAAUGUUCCAAAACCUUUCCACGAGGCACUUAUGCUGCCAAAGAAAAAAUGUCAAACAGUGGGUCAUUUUUUCCUUCCAGAAAUAUACGUAUGAGCCCGCAAGUCCCUCCAACUGCUGCAGUUAUAUCCCAUGUGACCCCACCGUCAUCAACACCCACAUUUGCUCAUGUCAGUCCUCCAGGCCCUCCACCUGCCCAGUCUUUCUCCCAUAUGAUCCCAUCAGCAUCAACUGCAGGAUUUGCCCACGUUAGCCCUCCAUUCCCUUCAAAUUCUCUGCCAAUCUCCCAUGUAAGUUCACCUAUGCAAACUCCCACUUUUGCCCAUGUCAGUCAGUCAUCUGCUCUACCUUCUGCCCAUGUCAGCCCACCAACGCAAUCUCCAAAGUUUGGUCAUGUAAGCCCACCAGUUCCUGUUUAUCCGAGUGCAACAUCUUACAAAGUAGCAAUGGUUCCAGUAGUUAACAAACAAGCGAUUACUGAGACAUUUUGCGAUCAGUCACAUAUGAAAACAGAAAGUGUCUCUGUAUUUGAACAGGAAGCAGAUCUAGAAGAAGAAUAUGUUUCUGCAUCAGAACCAGAAGCAGAAUAUGAUUCUGCACCCGAACCGAAGGCCGAAUAUGAUUCUGAGCCGAAGGCGGAACCCGUUUCUGUGCCGGAACCGAAGCCUGAACUCGUUUCUGCGCCGGAACCGAAGGCGGAACCCGUUUCUGCGCCGGAACCGAAGGCAGAACACGUUUCUGCGCCGGAACCGAAAGCGGAACCCAUUUCUGAGCCGGAACCGAAGGCGGAACCCAUUUCUCCACCGGAACUGAAGGCAGAACCCGUUUCUGUGCGAAAAUUGGAAGCAGAACCUACAUCUGAGUCAGAGCCGGUGGCAAAAUCAGUUUCAGAGCCAGAAGCAGAAGCCGCUUCUCAACCUGAGCCGGUGGCAGAAGCUGCUUCUCAGUCAGAGCCGGUGGCAGAAGUUGCUUCUCAGCCAGAGCUGGUGGCAGAACCCGCUUCUGAAUCAGGGCCGGUGGCAGAACCCGCUUUUCAGCCAGAGCCGGUGGCAGAACCUGCUUCUGAAUCAAGGCCGGUGGCAGAAUCAGCUUCUGAAUCAGGACCGGUGGCAGAAUCAGCUUCUGAACCAGGGCCAGUGGCAGAACCCGCUUCUCAGCCAGAGCCAGUGGCAGAGACGGCUUCUGAGCCAGGGCCGGUGGCAGAACAUGUUUCUGAACCAGGGCCGGUGGCAGAAACGGCUUCUAAGCCAGGGCCGGUGGUAGAACCAGGGCCGGUGACAGAACCCGCUUCUGAACCUGGGCCGGUAGCAGAACCCGCUUCUGAACCAGGGCCGGUGGCAGAACCCGCUUCUGAACCACCGACGGUGGAAGAACCCGCUUCUGAGCCGGAGUCGACGUUAGAGCCCGCUUCUGAGUCAGAGCCGACCGCAGAAACGGCUUCUGCGUCCGAGCCGACUGCAGGAACGGCUUCUGCUCCAGAAUCCGAACCGGAACCAGAAGUAAAACAAGUUCAGGUAAAAGAAUCGGUUUCCGCACCAGAAACCGAAGUAAAACCAGUUCCUGUACCUAUACCAGAAUCAGAAACUAUUUCCAAACCCGAGCUAGAAACAAAACCUAUUACCGUUCCAGAAUCGGACGCAAAACCUGUUUCUGAACAGCAACCGGAACACAUUUCUGUAGUUCCACACCAAAAACAUGGAACAGAAGCUGAGCCCAAUUCUCUGACAAAGCUAGAAGCAGAACCUGUUUCCGCUUUUGAAGCAGAAUCAGAAAAUAUUUCAGCGUCUGAAGUAGUAGAGACUAUUUCUAUGUCCGUACCAGAAGCAGAGCCCAUUCUUGUUCAGGAAUCAGAAAUUAUUUCUUUACCACACCCUGUUUCUGUGUCCGAAGAGAAAUCAGAAGCCUAUCCAGUUUCCCAGCCCGAGUCCCAACCUGAAUCUAUUAGUGAAUCUGUUAGUGUAACAGAACUUGAACCUAUAUCAAUACCUGAGCCAGAACCAGAAGUCAGUUUUGAAUUCCAGAUCGAAGAUGAUAACACACUCGAACUUGAGGCUUCAGAAUUACAUACAUCACAGGAUUUUGCUGCAUCUGUUGCCGAUAAAGAAACAGUAUCUUCUACGGUGGUGGAAACCCCUCCGGUGGUCACGCCCUCUGACCGAAGGAGGCGAAGGCGCCAAAUCGCGGCUUUUUUGACGGGUCCUGCAGAUGAAUCUGUGAAGACAUCUGCAGAAUCAGUUGAGCCCGCACUGAAGCAGGCCCCUGAAGUUCCAUCCACGACACCACCAAAAACGUUGCCUAAACCGGUCACCGAGCCGAAAUCAAAGCCGGUGAGUGAUUCAGCACCCGAGCCGGUACCCAAGUCGGGCCCUGUGUUGAUAGCCAAGGCAAAUAUUGAAGAUCCCGCCAAACAAGUAAUAAUUUCGAAACCACCUGCUGCUCAAGAACCGAAAGUCGAUGCUUCUAAGCAGCAAUACUUGAAAGCUGCUCUGUCUCCAAAGCCUUCUGAGGUUUCUGUGGCACCACCUAAGCGUUCGGAAUGUGUUCCGAAAACAAACGAAAAGCCAGUUUCCAGAUCACCUCUUUCUCAAGCACGCACUGCCCAAAUGAAGGAAAGGACUAGAGAGGGCAAAGAGAGCAAGGAUAGCAGCCUGCCACGUUGGCUCAUUCCUCUCAUUCUGUUCAUCCUACUAGGCGCUGCCGUAGCUGCCUUAUUUCUGUACCGUGAAAAGUACCCAGCUGUGAUAACAGUGCGUGGAAGAGAGAUCGAAUCUUCACCCAAAACUGAGGAACUAUCACUUCCAGAUGUUGCUGAAGCUGCCAGUCAAAUGAUGGAUUCAAUCGCAAGCGCUGAAGAUCUCGUCCCCGAUGUGUCUGAAAAUGUAGAAACUAUUUUGGACCAAGGAGAUUAUGUUUGUACAGAUGAGAUAGUUACUCCAGAACCAGGAGCUGAGAUUGAAGACUGCUAA